AAGCUAUAAUAGCCUCAUUUGCCACUUCCCAAACAGCGCCUACAGAGACUAUGAGACAGUACGUGAAGGCGGCGGUGAUCGGAGCCGGAGUCGCCGGCCUCGUCGCCGCCCGCGAGCUUCAAAGAGAAGGCCACCGAGUCACCAUCUUCGAAAAAUUGCACCAACUCGGCGGCUCAUGGGUUUACGAUCCCCGAGUUGAAGAUGACCCACUUGGGCUCGACUCAGACAGAGAGAUUGUUCACAGCAGUGUUUAUCUCUCGCUUCGCACGAAUCUUCCCAGACACAUAAUGGGUUUUUCCGACUACCCAUUCAGGAAAAUUGGGGAUCCGAGGAAUUUUCCAGGGCAUGAAGAGGUGGUUUCGUUUUUGAACGAGUUUGCGAGGGAGUUUGGACUCGUUGAGUUGAUUCGGUUGGAGACUGAGGUUGUACGAGUUGAGGCUGUUGUUGACUCGGUGUGGGUGGUUGAGUCGAGAACGAGUGGGGUGAGUUUGGAGGAGGUUUUUGAGGCUGUGGUGGUUUGUAAUGGUCAUCAUACUGAACCCAGGUUGGCCAAUCUUCCAGGUAUAGAGAGAUGGGCCGGAAAGCAAGUGCAUAGUCACAAUUAUCGUAUUCCUGAACCAUUUCGAGAUCAAGUUGUGGUUAUGAUUGGAGAUGGACCGAGUGCGCAUGAUAUAUCUAGGGAUAUUGCAACAGUGGCCAAAGAAGUUCAUCUCUCAUCAAGAUCCCCUGAUGUUGAAGUCUCAAAAUUAAAUAACCACAACAAUGUUUGGCAGCAUUCAAAGAUUGACCAGGUCUAUGAAGAUGGUACAGUAUCAUUUCAGGAUGGAAUUUCCGUCUGCUCAGAUGUCAUUUUCCAUUCUACUGGGUACAAAUACCAUUUUCCAUUUCUUAGAACAAAUGGAAUUGUAAGUGUUGAAGACAACCGUGUUGGACCACUCUACAAACAUGUCUUCCCCCCACAGCUUAGUCCUCAGCUUUCUUUCAUUGGCAUACCUUAUAGGGCAAUCUUGUUUCAUAUGAUGGAAUUGCAAUCGAAGUGGGUAGCACAAGUUUUAUCUGGUAAGGUGCAUUUGCCAUCCAAAGCGGAGAUGUUGGCUGAUGUUCAACAACAUUACCAGCGCAUGGAGGAAUGCGGGAUCCCCAAGCACCAUACCCAUCGUCUUCAUCCGAAUGAGUUGCAGUUUGAGUACCUAGACUGGCUUGCUGCUCAAGUGGGAGUACUCCCGGUGGAGGAGCGGCUGAGGGAGAUAUAUUGGCAAGUCUAUCAAACCACUUCCAGCCCGACAGGCCACACGUUUAGAGACGAAUGGGUUUGCCCUACACAGAAAAGCAAUUAACAUGGCCUUGUUUUGUAAGAGUGAAAUUUCACAGACAGAACUAUCGAAGCAAUAUAUUGGUGGUGGUGUUUGGCAAGGGUUAUUCUAGCUUUUUUUUA